AUGGACAUGCUCGCCCAGCAGCACGUGGUUGAAGCAGAGAUGCCUAUUUUGAAAGCAACCAACUUGUUGAGCAUGACUGGAUGUGAGCAAAUUGAGGUUGACCGACCACUUGGGCGCUUACGUGUCAGCUUCAACUCGGGAGAUGCCAUCAUCACAAAGCUCUUUGAUACCCACAAAGCUGCUUAUGACUGGCUGUUGAGUAUGGGACAUUCCUUAAAAAGUGGGGUGCUUGACAAGAGCAUGCGCGCCGCCGCUAAGGAGGUGGCACCGGGUGUAGAUUUGGAAAGAGCCGCAGCAAGUCAGACCUCCAAGGUAGAUCUUUCAACAGCUGUUGACACCCUGCAGGGCGCUCAGAAGCUGCAAGGUGAUGGUGGCAUCAAGGAUGUCACGAAAGAGUUUAUGGAAGUGACAAGAACUCAUACCGCCCAUCUUCCCGAAUCAGUGGUUUGCUUGCACAAAGGGAGCAUGAAUUCCGUGACAACUUUGGCGGCGUCCAAUCCUUCCACGGUUGCUCUCCUGCUGGGGAAAAAGGCUUGGAAUGACAAGUUGCAUUGCAUGCAAUUUGUUCUCUCCACAACUACAGUGGCAGACCUGGCAAAACACGAUCGGGUGGCUGCACGCUGCAAGACUUUGGGCUUUAGUCUUGUAGGGGCUGUUGUGACGGGUCCCUAUGAGGAAUGGGCCAGCCAAAACAAAAGGAAUGAAAUCUUUGAUUUGCUGGAUUUUUCCAACCCCUUGCUGGUGACAAUUGACUUUUCAGCAAAUUGUGCUGGAGAUUUGGCAUGCUGGGAGCUGAGCAGGGACAAUGAUGAUACCAUGAAAGCGGUCUCUAUCUCUUGGGUGACACAACCAAAAGACCGAUCGCGGCGGCAUUGCUACAAUGUGUGCUGGAUUAACGACCUUGGCACCUCCCACAUUGAAGCCACUGCAAAGCAAGUGUGUGCAUCUGUCCUGCAGCAUCUGAAGUCCCAGACUGAUUUGUUGGCAAAGGCAGACAGAACCAAACAAAUGAAACUUUCAUACUUUGAGAAAGUUUCAACCAUUGCAGAUGGUUGGUGCGGGUGGCACUCCAUGCUUGCUGCCAGAGAUGUACAGCGAUACCUCAAGGUUGGGACACUGAACGGAACCAACUUGGAUGUCGUCUUUGGCGAAGAUGCACCAAGGCUCCAUCUCUACUUUCACUUUGACAAGCCUGUGGAAGGUGGUGACAGCUAUG